AAGGAGACAGACUCGAAAUCUGUUGGGCUUUGCCUGCGCAGGUUCGAAUCCUGCUGUCGACGCAAAAUUCGUUUUUACUUCUUUUGCUUCGCCACCGCCAAACAACGCCUUACAUCCCACGCUUUGCCAAUACCCAUCCCACCCCCAGAUUAUUAGACAACCCCAAAGCCCGAGCCUGAUUUAUACACCUUCUCCCAAACCAAAAUCCCCACAUUUAUACCAUCCCUUUCCUCCACGCCUCAAAAAUUUCACCUCCACAUCCAUUUCCCUCCCCGAACCCCCUCAAACCCUAAUCAUCGCUCCACACGCAAAACAUCACUUCCUUUUUGGUUCACUGGACUUUAUGCUUCCUGUGAAGAGAACCACAGCUGGAGCGGAGCUAGGAGUUGUUGAUUCCGAGUUGACCAAGAAGCACUGCGCUAAUUUCGCAUCCGCUGCCGCAACGUCAGUCGCCGCCUCAUCCACGGUUAAUAUGGCAGGAGGAGGGAGUGUCAACGGCAGUAACGGCAAGGCGCCUAUCGGUGAUAGUCAGCCGCCGGAGAUCGACGAGGAUCUGCACAGCCGUCAGCUCGCCGUGUACGGACGCGAGACUAUGCGCCGACUGUUUGCUUCUAAUAUUCUCAUUUCCGGCAUGCAAGGCCUCGGUGCUGAAAUAGCAAAGAACCUUAUUCUUGCUGGUGUUAAAUCUGUUACCCUGCAUGAUGAGGGUACUGUGGAGUUAUGGGAUCUAUCCAGCAGUUUUAUUUUUUCGGAAGAAGAUUUGGGGAAGAAUAGGGCUCUUGCUUCUGUCCCGAAACUGCAGGAACUCAACAAUUCAGUGAUCAUUGCUACCUUAACUAGUGAGUUGACUAAAGAGCAGCUUUCUGAUUUUCAGGCUGUUGUAUUUACUGAUAUCAGCUUAGAGAAAGCAAUUGAAUAUGAUGAUUAUUGCCACCAACAUCAACCUCCAAUUGCUUUCAUCAAAUCUGAAGUCCGGGGUCUUUUUGGUAGUGUGUUCUGUGAUUUUGGCCCUGAGUUUACAGUUUUUGAUGUUGAUGGCGAGGAUCCCCACACUGGCAUUAUUGCCUCUAUUAGCAAUGACAAUCCUGGUCUUGUGGCUUGUGUUGAUGAUGAGAGGCUGGAGUUCCAGGAUGGUGAUCUAGUUGUGUUUUCUGAAGUGCGAGGGAUGACCGAACUGAAUGAUGGGAAGCCCAGAAAAAUAAAGAAUGCCAGGCCUUACUCAUUUACCAUUGAAGAGGACACCACGAACUAUGCUGUGUAUGAGAGAGGUGGUAUUGUCACACAAGUAAAGGAACCUAAAGUGUUGAACUUCAAGCCACUGCGGCAGGCACUUAAGGACCCUGGUGAUUUUCUCCUCAGUGACUUCUCCAAAUUUGAUCGUCCACCUCUCCUUCAUUUGGCAUUUCAAGCAUUGGAUAAGUUCAAAGUGGAGGUGGGGCGCUUCCCUCUUGCUGGAUCAGAAGACGACGCCCAAAAAUUAAUAGCUCUUCUUACUGACAUUAACAGUAGCCUGCCCGAUGGUAGACUGGAAGAAAUUGACCAGAAGCUUCUUAGGAACUUUGCUUUUGGUGCUAGGGCUGUCUUAAACCCAAUGGCUGCCAUGUUUGGUGGUAUCGUUGGACAGGAAGUUGUUAAGGCUUGCUCGGGGAAAUUUCACCCACUUUUUCAGUUCUUUUAUUUCGACUCUGUGGAAUCUCUUCCAUCAGAACCCUUGGAUCCCAAAGACUUGCGGCCCUUGAAUUCUCGUUAUGAUGCUCAAAUCUCUGUAUUUGGGUCAAAGCUACAGAAGAAACUAGAGGAUGCGAAAGUUUUUGUUGUGGGGUCUGGUGCACUGGGUUGUGAAUUUCUGAAAAAUCUGGCUCUGAUGGGAGUUUGUUGUGGCGAUGGAGGAAAGCUGACUAUUACAGAUGAUGAUGUUAUUGAAAAGAGCAACCUUAGCAGGCAGUUUCUGUUCCGUGAUUGGAACAUAGGUCAGGCAAAGUCGACAGUUGCUGCUGCAGCUGCCUCUUUAAUCAAUCCUCGUCUUCAUGUUGAAGCUUUGCAAAACCGGGCGAGCCCUGAGACUGAAAAUGUCUUUGAUGACACCUUUUGGGAGAAUUUGAGUGUUGUCAUCAAUGCUCUGGAUAAUGUAAAUGCCAGGCUUUACAUUGAUCAGAGGUGUUUGUACUUCCAAAAGGCACUCCUGGAGUCAGGAACCUUGGGUGCCAAGUGCAAUACUCAGAUGGUAAUUCCUCACCUAACUGAAAACUAUGGUGCAUCAAGGGACCCACCUGAAAAACAGGCACCUAUGUGCACAGUGCAUUCGUUCCCCCACAACAUCGACCACUGCUUGACAUGGGCUAGGUCAGAAUUUGAAGGCUUGCUUGAGAAAACGCCAACUGAGGUUAAUGCAUACCUAAGUAAUCCAAGUGAGUAUAUUUUAUCUAUGAAAAACGCCGGUGAUGCACAGGCCAGAGACACUUUAGAACGGAUCAUUGAAUGCCUUGACAGGGAAAGAUGCGACACAUUCCAGGACUGCAUUACAUGGGCUCGCUUGAAGUUUGAGGACUAUUUUGCCAACCGGGUCAAGCAGUUGACAUAUACAUUUCCAGAGGAUGCUGUUACUAGUAGUGGAGCUCCAUUUUGGUCUGCACCCAAGCGUUUUCCACGCCCACUUGAGUUCUCCAACAAAGAUUUGAGCCAUCUAAACUUUUUAAUGGCAGCAGCUGUAUUACGAGCAGAAACUUUUGGCAUCCCCAUCCCAGACUGGGUGAAGUCUUCAGAGAAGUUGGCUGAUGCUGUUGACAAAGUCAUUGUUCCAGACUUCCUGCCAAGGAAAGGUGUGAAAAUUGUGACAGAUGAGAAAGCUACUAGUCUUUCGACAGCGUCCAUUGAUGAUGCUGCUGUCAUCAAUGAGUUGGUCAUGAAGUUAGAGACGUGCAGGAAUAAGUUACCUCCAGGUUACAAGAUGAAUCCCAUUCAGUUUGAAAAGGAUGACGAUACCAACUAUCAUAUGGACCUGAUUGCUGGUCUUGCCAAUAUGAGGGCCAGAAAUUAUAGUAUUCCUGAAGUUGAUAAGCUCAAGGCCAAGUUUAUUGCAGGUAGAAUAAUCCCGGCAAUUGCAACCUCCACAGCUAUGGCCACUGGUCUUGUUUGCCUAGAGCUGUACAAGGUUCUUGACGGAAAUCACAAACUAGAAGACUAUCGAAAUACAUUUGCAAACCUUGCACUUCCUUUGUUCUCAAUGGCAGAGCCAGUUCCUCCUAAACUUAUUAAGCAUCAGGAUAUGAGCUGGACUGUCUGGGAUAGAUGGAUUCUGAAGGGUAAUCCAACUUUGAGAGAGCUGCUGCAAUGGCUUAAAAACAAAGGCUUAAAUGCUUACAGCAUAUCUUUUGGAAGUUGCUUGCUCUACAACAGCAUGUUUCCACGGCACAAAGAACGUAUGGAUAGAAAGAUGGUGGAUCUGGUUAGAGAUGUUGCGAAGGCUGAGCUGCCUCCAUACAGGCGUCAUUUUGAUGUUGUAGUUGCUUGUGAGGAUGAUGAAGACAAUGAUAUCGAUAUUCCUCAAGUUUCCAUAUACUUCAAAUAGGUUAGUUUGUACUGCUGAUUCAUGAAACUAGUCCACACUUUAUGAUGGAUACUGUGCCCCCAGUGAAAACUGUUUCAUCUUGGACUUUGGUUGAUUCAACUGACACAAGUGGAUACUUGUAAGAUGAACUUAUAAAUUUGAGCUCUCACCGGCUUGAUGUCAAUGCCAGCCUGCUCAAACCUUGCUUGGGACCCUACUUUUAUCUUAUGCUCAUGCAUCCAUGCUAUUACAAAACUGAAAAGUUGAGUCC